AUGGAUAAGGAGGGCGAGGAAAGUGAAGAGGAAGAGGAUGAACAGAUGGAGGAAGAUGUGGAUGUGGAUGUGGAUGAUGAAGUAAAUGUACAAGGCAAGGUCUUUAGUGGAAAUGCAGUGCCUCAGUUUGGUAUUUCUGCAAAUAUUGUGGAUGUAAACUUCAUGCCUGGACUCAACACUCGUGGAAUUUCUAUAGUUCAUGUUGACUUGGAACCACAGGGUCUCGUUCUACUUCACAUGCACCCUCAAGCUACUGAGCUCACAACUGUCAUCAACAGGGGCUUAUUCACUUCCAGUAUAAUAUGGAACACAAAAAUGCUACUCCGCUUAUCGUCUUUGAACAGUCAAAAUCCUGGAGUUGUCAAGAUUCCUGGUUCAAUCUUUGCUUCAGAUCCACCUAUUCUGGAUGACGUUCAGGCUUCCAGCUUGGUAAGAAAGUGA